AUGUCCCUCCGAACACCCCUGGUUUCACGCUGGCUCGCGCAAUCAGCAGAACUCCUACAACAGAGCUCACUCAGAGCUGCAACUCGCCCAUCAUCAGCCACGCCACUCUCCCUCCUCCGCCCACAACUCCUCAAUGGCCAGAUAAGUGCAAGGCAGACUCUCCUAGCGAGCCGGAACUACUCCACACGCCCAGCGCCGUCCAGACCAAGCGCUCAAUUCAAAUUCAACCAGCCUAAGCAACGGCGCUUCAACUCGUCCGGACCAAAGUCAGAAGCCAAGUCAGAAACCAAUGAAGCUGGUGGACUGACUGCGCGGUUGCGCAAAUUGACUCGUGAAUAUGGCUGGGCUGCCCUGGGCGUUUAUCUAACCCUUUCAGCGCUGGAUUUCCCCUUCUGCUUUAUGGCUGUACGAUUGUUGGGCGUUGAGCGCAUUGGUCAUUUUGAGCAUGCUGUGCUUGAGUCUAUAAAGGGGGUUUUCCCUACUUUUUGGCCGAAGAAAGAGCAUGCUGAGGGUGAAAGCGAUAGUUCUGUCACUGCUCCUAAGGAUGGAAACGCUAGUUUGUGGACACAACUUGUAUUGGCCUACGCCAUUCACAAGAGUUUGCUCAUCUUCAUUCGAGUCCCGUUGACGGCUGCUAUAACACCCAAGGUUGUGCAGGUUCUGCGACAGUGGGGAUGGAACAUUGGGAAGCGGACACCCAAGACUACUACUAAACCCAAGAGUGCAUGA